CAAUUCUACAUCAGUCAUUCAAACGAACAGAGACGUGUACGAACACAUUCAACGAAGUACUACCGAAAAGAAAAAGUUAUUUUAAAAUGUUUAGCUUAUCUUCACCAAGUUUUUUCGUCCAUCAACCGGUGUAUCGUCGACGACGGGAACCGGCAUUUGAUCCGUGGACAACGGGCUUAGGUGAUGGUCCAUUCAUCUUUGGAAAUGCUGGACGCAGGCCAGAGCCAACAUAUUUUCUGAUAGAUCCAUUUGAUGUAAACGAUCUGAAGACUAGCUCAAAACGACAGAAAACCAGCCCAAAGACAAGCGCGACUUGUCGACAAAGAGAGGCCAACUUCCAUGUUGAGUUGGAUCUUAAGGACUUCAAACCAGAAGAAAUCGACGUAUCUUUGGAUAGCGAUCGUCUGAAAAUUCAUGCUAAAUCAAAAGACAAGCAUGGUAUUUCUUCUGAGGUUUUCAAAUGGUACAGCCUGCCUGAAAAUAUUGACGCUGAUAAAUUGACGUCUAGUCUGUCCCGAGAAGGUGCUCUACAUAUCAAUGCACCAUUUAAGACAGUACCAAAGCAGGAUAACGACUCGAUCAUCAAUGGAGGAGCUGGCUCUUCUCAGAAGGAUGAACAGAUGGACAAUACCAACCAACAAGAGGUGGAGAUUGAAAAGGAAGACUCUACUACGCCGAUUUCCACGGGUGUGAUUAUGGAACAUGAAGAGGCAAACGACACUUCUGCCAUCAUUGGUCAUUCAAAAACAGAUAAUGGAUUUCAUGUCGAAUUGCCAAUGGAACAAUUUAAACCGGAACACGUAAAUAUCAGCGUAGAUGAUCACAAAUUGAAGAUCCACGCAAAGAAAGUUGAUGAAGGCGAGGGACACUUCUUGCACGAAGAAGUCACCAAAUGGUUUAGCUUACCGUCCGACGUAGAUGUCGGCCAAUUGAGAUCAAACAUACGAGACGAUGGCGUAUUGGUUAUCAACGCCCCAAAAGCAAACAAUGCUGUGACCUUGGAAACAGAGAGUGUUGUAAAAGAAGAUGAGACCGCUCAAGAGAUGUCGAUAGACGACAAAGCUACAAACCAUGCGCAGGAGGAAGAAAGUAAUUAAAUUAUUAACAUUUUGCAAUAUAAACUAUUUAAGGUAGCGUAAGAUAAUAUAAAACAAAGUUGACUUGACAAGUAUUUUUCCUGUUCUGA